AUGCCGGCAAUCAGCAUCCACAUGGCCGUCCAUGCCCAGUCGUCCCACACGAGUGCAUGCGCCACUCACGCGCAUGUUGACGGCGACGGUGCCGAGCGCCAGCGGUUCCUUGUUCUUUGCGACGGGCAGGCGCGGCGGCGCCGUGGCGACGGCGCCGAGGGCGGCGGCGAGGAGAUGGUCGAGGGCAUAGGAGGUGAGGCGGGCGCCCGUCGAGGCGCCGCCGCCGCUGCCGGGGCCGGCGCCGCGGACGGAGGGCGCGGGUGCCAUGAUGCGCUGGCCCGUGUGAGGAGCAGCAGGCGCGGAGGAGGGAGCGCGCUGCGUGAGCAAGGCGCGGGCGAGGAGGAGGCGAGGGGAGGAGGAGGCGCGGGCGAGGAUGUGGAGGCGAAGGAGGCGGGGGGCGCGCGCGGCGGGCGCACGCUGCGCUGCGCUGCGCUGAGGCUGAGCCCGCCUUCGCCCGCCUCGCAGCCGGCUGGAGGCGCUCGAGUGCGCCUGAUCUCCUUCACCCCUUCUCUCCUGCGCCUUCUCUCCUUCACCCCCACCCCGCCCGCUCCUCCUCACGCCGUCUGCGCGUCUCAGCAUCGCGGGGCAGCGCGCGGCUCCUUCCUCCGCACCAUGCCCACGCUGCGCAUCCACUGUCCGCACUCCUCUGCGCUGCCUGCCUUUGCCACCCUCUCGCUCCACGCGCCCGCGCAUCUCUACUUCUGCGACGACUGCGCGGCGCUGCGCUGUGUCCUCUGUCUCACGCCCUCGGCGCCCGCCUACUACUGUCCCGCCUGUCUCUUCGACUUUCCCUCUUCCGCCGUCGUGCGCGAGCGCGGCGGCGGCGGCGGCGAGGCGUACGCCAGCUCCAGUGCCGCGGCCGCCUCCUCCUCCUCCAGCACGGCAGGCGCAGCAGCAGCAGAGAGCAAUGGCGCCUGCUCGCGCUCCUGCCUGGCGUGCCCCGUGUGCGCAAGCGCGCCGCUCACCGUGGCGCCGUCGGACCUCGCGCCGGGCGCAGGCGCGGCAGAUCUGCUGAGCGUCGAGGCCUCGCGCGGCGCGCCGCCGUACCUGCUCAAGUGCGAAGCGUGCAAGUGGCAGUCGAGGCGCAGCGACAGGCGCAGCGGAGGCAAGGUGCAAGGCGUGUAUGAGCGAAGUGCCGGCGUGGUAGCUCAAGCUCGUCAAGCGAGCGCCUCCUCGAGCUACUUCUCCGCCUUGCUCACUCACUAUGCCUCCGAGCUGCUGCCUCCUCGUCUUGCCUCCUCGGCCUCCUCGGCCUCCUCCUCCACGCGUCCCUCGCACGCCAAGGCGCGUGCCGCCGCGGCGCUGGCCUCGUCGCGCCUGCUCGCAGACGUGCCCGGCCUGCAGCACCAUCGCGACUUUCGCCGCAGCGACGUGCUGGCCAAAGUCGCCAGUGGCGCGCGGCAGAGGAGAAAGGAAGAGGGCGCCGAGUUUGAAUGGAGGGGAAACAGGGGCGAAGGGGGAGAGAUGCAGAGGAGAAUGGAGGGCAAGGAGAAUGAAAACCUCCAACCGCGCCCUGUACCUCUGCGCGCAAAGCUCACUCAUCGCUGUCCUCAAUGCUCCAACAUGCUGCUGCGGCCCGAAGCCAAGACUUCCUCUCGGCGCUUCAAGCUGCGCCACAUGGCCGCCUCUACGCUGCCCGACAUCUUUCUCGCGCUUGCCGGCGGCGCUGCGGCAGUGGGAGGAGGAGGCGCCAGUGCAGGGGCGGCAUCAACGAGACGCAGCCGGCUGGCUACUGGCUCUGGCGCGUCCGGCUUUCUCGCUCCGCCGCCGUCGUCGGGCGCUCAGGGCGCGACGGAGGAAGACCUUCUCCUGCCUGCGCGCAGAUACGUCUACGACGUGACGUUUACGAAUCCUUUAGGCGACGCCAUGAGCGUCAAAGUCACCCUUUUGCUUUCUCCCUCAAGCUCGUCCUCCUCUUCCACCACUCGCGGCGAAGAGUCUUCGACUGCAGCUCCUCGCGCGACGCCGGCUUCGGGCGCGCCUGCCUCUCCUCCUCGAGGUGCCUCAACUACCUCGUCUCCACCUCGUCUGACCUCGUCGUCGCCACGCAAGUCCUAUCUCGCAGCAUCGGCGCCGUACGAGCUCUCCCUCUCGGCAGCAAGCUUCAUGAUUGGGCCCAAGGACGACAUGGGCAUCUUGCAGGAAGGCGACGAGGCGCUCUUUGCGACGACGACGAACACAGAGGCAGAGGAUGAUGUCGAGGUGGAGAAUGAGGAGAAGAAGGCAAAAGUGAGGAGAAAGGCGAAUAGUACGACUGUGAGCUUGGAGUGCAAGAUAGGAAGGGAGUUCGCGGGAGACGUCGAGUUCGCGAUGCAAGUGUCGAUCAGCUACAAGUCAAGCGACGAUCUGGAGGCCGACGAGCCUCGCUCCUCUGCUGCUGCCCAUGUCGGAUCUGGAGGCGCCGGAGGAGGAGGAGGAGGAGGAGGAGGAGGAGGAGGAGGAGGAGGAGGAGGAGGGCACGAAGAUGCCGCCGCAGCAUGGCGGGAGAGGGGCGGCAAGACGUUUGAGUUUCAGGCGCACGUCAAGCUCGGAGAGGUACUGCCUCAUCCUCGCGCUGCUGUGGCCUCUUCUUCCUCCGGCGCUGCCACGGCGACGGCAGGCGGAGGCGCCGUCUUUGGCACUGCCACGCCAGAAGGACCUUCGUUGCAGCAGACUCUCAUGGCGCAGCAGCACCACGCCCAAGACUCGGCAAGCACGCAGACGCAGACGCAGACGCAGACGCAGACGCAGAGCUCGAGGAGUAGAAGCGAAGAGUUGGAUCGCAAACGACGCUCCGUCUUUGGCAUGCCUGGCGCCUCUUCUUUCUCGACGCCGACGCCGACGCCGACGCCGACGGCGGGCGCGAGAGUCGCGCAGCCGCAUGCACCGCCGCAGCCGCAGGCGCAGGGGCAGGCGCAAGGUGAAUGACAUCAAGACACCACCGACGACGAUGACGCCGAGGAUUCAGGGAGGCGGAAGAGCGCAGGGAGAUGAGCCGGCGGCGGAGGCGGAGGGGGUUGGACGGGGAAACGUGGCCGUAUCGCAUCGCUGAGGAGUGAGGCGAGGGCGAGCGAGCAAAAGAGGCGGAGGAAGAAAGGCUGGAGAGCCACGACCUUAUGGACGAGAUGACGAGAUGAGCACGAGCCCCUUACAAUGCCACUUCAUUGAUGCCGC